AUGCACAUGAAUGGUCCAAUACAGCGUGGCUGGCAGGGCGUCGAAAGCUCCCUGCAAGCUCGGCAAACGAGCUCUAGUGAUAGCAACAACGGUGGUGGAUCAAGUAACACUGUCGUUUUUAUUGUUAUAGGCACUCUUGCUGGUGUGCUCGUCGCAGCCACUAUAGCUGUCUGCUUACUCAAGAAGCGAAAGCAGAGCAAACCGACUGAAAGUAAAAAGAAGGGAGGGUUCCUUGGACGCAUAACGGGCAGAUCGGGACAAGGGAAUUACGAACAGACGCCUGGAGAAGACGGCGGGGAGAGCGGACGACAAUCUCAUCAGCUCGAUCCCACUUCGAUAAACAAUCGACAAAAUCGCAACAGUGCUUCAGCUCGCAAUGCCAAUGCCACCGCAACCGUCGAUCGCAACACUUCCGUCCGCUCCGUCCUUACACUACCUGCAUAUCGACAAAGCGCAAACCACAACGAGCAGGUCCUGGGGCGAGAAGGCGAACGAGAUGGAGUGGAUACGAUUAUCGACCUGCCAACCGCAGAAGCCGAAGAGGAAGCACGAAAUGAGGAGAUGGAGACGCUUUAUCAGAUCAGAGUGGCUCGACGACAAGCGAUUGCCGAGCGUGAGGAGCGGAGAGAGCGACGCCGCGAGGCACGACUUCGAAGUGACUAUCGAGAGCUUGAGCAGAUCAGAGCCGAGACCCGCGCUGCAAACGAGAGUAACACAAUUUCCGAAUUAAGAACGACCGUGGACCAGCUCAAGGACAACAGACAAAGGUCUGUAUCGAGUGUAUCAUACGCAGACGUAGGCGUUGCACGUCACGAUGGAACGAGGAUCAGAGCAAACAGCAGCGAGAGCGAGCGUGUAGGCUUGCUCUCAGACGCUGCGAGUAUGCAAUCUGGACAUCAGCGAGGGCGCAGCUUCAGCUCUGCUGCCAGCCAUGACGACGAUUUCGCAAGUCUGGCGCCUACGCGCUCGCGGGGAGCUUCUAUACGGUCGGGCAGCGUAGAUGGUAGAGCUGGCUCAAGUCCUGAGCUGGUGGAAGCAGAUCUUGGGGAAGAAGCGAUGCCUCCUCCCGAGUAUGAGGAUAUACCGCUUGCUGAUGAUCGAUCUUCGACUCAUGGGCCUCCGCCCGACUAUCCUGGCCCUGAGCGGGCUUCGUCGCAGAGAACACAGCGAACUACGGAGCAUGAUCUGGGCUCGGAUUGGCAAAGUGCUGAUAUUUCACCGGUCACGGAUGGUCACAGCAGCAACACGUCUCCCAACGGUCAAGGGAACGGCGGCGCUCCCCAGUUGCCCAGCUUAAGGAUACCGCAACUCCCCGAGAUUGUUAUUCAACCUUCAAGCGCACAUCCACGAGAUGACGAACUACGAUCACCACACCAAUGA